AUGAGAGAUCUAUUGCCAGACGAAUACUUUCGGACAGCAUUCUAUGCAUCUAUCAACAAGCACUGCUCUUAUCAUGAUUUCACGCGAGACAUUGAUGGAGCUACCGUUGUACCAGGGGACCGCUCACGGCCAAAAGGUUAUCACCUUCGCGUGCUAAAGAGGAGCGUUUCCACUCGCGGCGACCAGAUCAUCAAGUGGUUGGAAACGGGCGUUUUCGAGGCUAUCAAGCGAGGCUAUCUAGACCAGCUUCAAAUCUGCAUCUUUGCAGACGAAUAUCAGCCCACGAAAGUGAUAGAGCUUUAUUGCUUCCAUUUCCAUUAUUCGGAACCUUUGCAAGAUGGAAGCAUUGCCGUGGAUCUGGAGGUACAAGACGUUCACACCAAGAAGAUAAUCUCGCUCAAGAAUACGCGUGAGGCCCUUAACACUGUGAUCAAGAACAUGGUUGGCCUGAAUGGAACCAUGCCGCAUCUUCCGGAGCGUUGCUUCAUGAGCCCGUACCUUGUGUGGAACGAGCGAAGGCCUUCGGGCUAUCAGCCUCCAGGGUUUCUUUCAUCUAACGAUGUGAACAUUAGUUUUCCCGUAAACGAAGGGUGGAUGAUGGAGACCAGCACUUGCGGUCAAGUCAAGACAGGCCAUCGCACGGUCGAUCUCGGCAUCGCGUACACCAAAGGGGUGGAGUUCACCCUUGACGACGAUGGCGAAGCAAUUGUAAUGCCAGACUUCACAUAUGGAGGAGAGUUCAGCCGCCUUGAAUCAUUCAUCAACCAAGCUGGCAACCCACAACACCAAGGAAAGACCCCGGGCAGCGUUGUCCAAGAGCUACCCACACCCCGUCCAAGCUCAGUCACGGGAGAUGAUAUGGACCUUUCGAGGCCUACAGCGCAGAAGCGGCACUUGUCUGCGUGGCUUCCUGACAACGAGAUACAUAUUUCACGACAUGGAACUAUCGACGAUGGUGCUGACACGCAGGAUAGGGAGGACCUUUCCCGAUUGAAGGCUUUGCGACCAAUUGAGCAACACCAGAUGCAUGAUACUCAGCUAGUUCUUCGGACAACUGCUACGCCCUCGCAGCUGGAUCUAUCCGCAGUCACAACUCGGAAUCUGCAGGGAGAAAGGCAUGACUCCGAGCGCCCGCGAGUGACAAGAUCACAGGGCUCCAAGAUGUCUGAGUCGAUGACCAUUAGCUGCGAGUGUGGCACGAAGGAGACGGAGAAUGUGGUUCAAUGCCGUGGUUGCAACGGCUGGCAGCACGCCCAGUGUUACGCAUACAAUGGACCUGAUGAUAUCAGCAUGCCAGCAGAGCGUAUGUGUUACACUUGUCUGUUGAGCAAUGCAAGUGGCGAUCAUCUCGACAAAGCCAAGGAACUCACGCGCAUCCGACAAGUGAUUCACUGCAUCCAAGCGCGAGGUCUGACUUCACUAACUCAGAUUUCGAAGACUCUGGGUGAGUAG